AUGGCCUACUUGAAAAUAGAAAUAACAUCCUCCGAACCGUCCUACAGACGCAAAGACCCACAGUGCCAGAGCAGCCAGCCAGCGGGCACCGCAACCAAUCGCCCUGCAGCACGCAGCCGCGCCGCGCCGACAGCAUCCGCAGCAGCGGCAAGCUCUGACGCAGCGCCACGCACCGCACCGGACAGAGGCCUGGCAGCGGACCGCAAGGCUCGGCAGACGCUGAAGGACGGGCACGUCGGGAGCCGGCCGGCAGAAGCCGGGGUGGGACUGGAGACGGAGCGCCCGUCCAGCCAGCACGAGCCCGCCGCAAUCCGUCCAGACAGCGGCGGCGUGUCGCUACCACGCAGCUUUACCCGAAGACGGCACAGUUCCAGUGCUAGCUGUGGUCAGGCUUUCUUCUUCUCUCCCAAACAGAGCGUGCAUGUAGCCUUACAGAAAGCUAUAUGUGACUUUGAUGAGUUUGUGAUGACGAACAAUGAUGUUGUACUCAAAAAUAUCGCUGAAGAUUUGCGGAAUCAUUUACCCAUUGAGGCAAUGUUUAAUUCGGAACAUCUAGCUAUCCAGAAAAUACAUCAGCAUCCACUGCCCAUGGUUCAUGUUGAUGCAUUCCUUUAUGAUGAUGACUUUGUUGAUACAAUGUGUGAGGAGGGGAGAAUGAGUAGGAACUACUGUACAGAGUGUGGCUCAUACAAGACUGCAUCUUUAGAGUUUAUUUCGCAUUCCUUUUCCCUCAUGGAACUGAAGUUUCUUUAUCAACAUGUACUGCCUGACCUGACAGGAAAGGUAGUGGUUGACGUUGGCUCCAGGCUUGGUGCAGUGCUAUUUGCGGGUUAUCUUUAUAGCUCAGCAUCCCAACUGUAUGGAGUAGAAAUGAAUGCAGACUUUUGCCAGUUGCAAGAAAUGACAAUUACAAAAUACCAGUUCAUUGACAGAAUAAAGGUGGUUCAUGCAGACAUCUGUACUCAGGCUUCACUUCUUCAGAAGGCUGAUGUUGUUAUAAUGAAUAAUGUCUUUGAAUAUUUUCUUGACAGACUGGAACAGGCCAAAGCUUGGGAGUUUAUUGCUCGUAAUGUAAAGAAAAGAGGGUCCUUGUUAGUUACAGUUCCAAGCCUUAAAGAAUCACUCUCAAAGCUCCAGACGGAUAUACAGCUCAGCCAAUGGGUAGAGGAGGUGCAGCUAAGCUAUGAUGUAUAUGUGGAAAAGGAUGUUGACAGAGAAGCACUUGAACAAAUACAUUUAUACAGGAUUCUGUAGUACCUGGAAAAACUUAUUAAUAUCCUUGCAAUAUCGUAUAUUUUGAGUCUAAAAUGAAUUCUGAUUUAUAUGUAUGAAUAAAUUGAGUAAAAGUUGUUAUUGUGGUUUUUAA